UGACUACGUGAACUUGAAAGCAUGUGAUAGCAUCGUGCUUUUGAGCAUCCCAGUUGUUAUUUAAUGCAGUAUACAGGCGAAUAUAGCUAGUCUUUGGAUACCUACGAUGUGUACACAGUUAUAACAACCCGUUGGUUGCUGUUUCAUAUAUGUGUUUAAUGUUUAUAUGUAUGUGCGUAGUAGAUCUGCCACGACGAAGCGGUAGCGAGUGUAGGUACACAUGGCCGGCUCGGGUGUGACUCGAGUUAUUCACAGAUGCGAUCAUGCAAAAGAAAACCAGAAACUCGAUUUGUCACACUGCCAGCUGACGACACUACCGGAUGCUGUGUUUCAUCUGAUGCGGAACACAACCGUGCUGACCUUUGACCUCAGCUGUAACCUGAUCUCUCGUAUUCCAUCUAAGCUAGCGCUCAAGUUCCACUUCCUCCUAGACCUAGAUUUGUCCAGCAACAAAAUAAAGGCGGUCCCCACCGAGUUGGCGGAUUUGCCCGACUUGCGUUCCAUAAAUUUCGCCAACAACAAGUUCAGUGAGAUGCCUGCAGUUAUUUAUCAACUGAAAACCCUCAAGGAGCUACGUGCAGAUAAUAACCAGAUAUCCGAUGUCGACAUUUCCAAAUUGAGUGAAAUCCGCAGCCUACGUCAGAUCUCACUGCUAGAGAAUCCACUCACGUCUGCUACGCAUGCGCAGUUACACCUACUUAGUAGACACGUUGAUGUCAGUGUUUCACCAUAUAGAACGACGAACGAAUGUAUAAUGGACACCGUUGACUAAUACAAAACUAUUAAUUAUUUAUAUCGGUGUAUAAAGCAACGAUAAUGAUACAUAUAUAUAUAUAAUUGAUUUUUAUAGACACGUAUUGUUUAUAAUUACCUUCAGAUCCGAUUGCGCCAGUAAAAUAAACUGUUUAUUACAUUUGCA